CGACUUGGAAACUUUUUUAUCCCCUCCUUCAGCUCGCCCAAAAAAAAAAAAAGGUCUAUGGCCAAAUCCACACAUAAAAGCGUAGAAAAAGAAAAAGAAAAAGUCAAACUCAAAGCCAAAGGAGAAACCAAAGGAGAAACCGAGUCUCCAUCCAGCCUUGUCGAAGUCGCACCACCCGCCAUCGAGGAAGACAGCGAUUCCAACUCGGAUUCGGAAUACGGAGGCGUUGAUGAAGAAGGAAUGGAAAGGUUAAUGAAGGCUCUUGGGGAGGAUGGGCUUAAUGAGUUUGACCACGCGAUGUUGAGGGGUAGUGAAGAUGGGAGUGAGGAGGAAGGUGAAGACAACGAAGAGGUAGAAGACGAGGGGGAACUCAGUGAUGAGAGCGACGACGACGAAGAUGGAGAAGAAGGAGAAGAUGGAGAAGAAGAUGAAGAACAAUUCGUCGCAGUUGACGAAGAAGACGUCGAACUCGAACCAGACGCCGUUCCAGAACAGAAACUCGAGAUAGACAAUGAGACCGCUCUAGCACGGAUACGAGAAACCAUCCAGCUUGAACCUACGAUACCCUGGACAGAAACACUUGUCCUAUCCUAUCCUCAAACGAUAGACGUGGACGUCAAUGACGAUCUUAACAGAGAACUAUCAUUCUACAAACAAGCCUUACACGGAGCCACCGAAGCCAAACGCCUCGCCUCCAAACACAAACUCCCUUUCACCCGUCCCUCCGACUACUUUGCAGAAAUGGUCAAAUCGGAUUCGCACAUGGAGCGCAUCCGACAGAGGCUUUUGGAUGAGUCUGCAGGUAUGAAGAAGAGCGAAGAGAAACGGAGGGAACGGGAGGGGAAGAAGUUUGGGAAGCAGGUGCAGAUUGAGAAGCUUAAAGAGAGGGAGAGAAACAAGAAGGAUAUGGAGGAGAGGUUGAAGGGGUUGAAACGGAGUGAGUCACUUUUCUAUAUAUAUUUCAAUUUUCCGCUCUGUCCGUGCAAAAAAGCUGAUGCUUGGGUGUUAUAUAGAACGUAAAGAUAUCCUGGAUAAUGGUGGAGGGCAAGAAGAUGACUUUGACGUCGCAGUUGAAGACGCUAUGGCUGACCGGCCUGCCAAACGAUCUAAGCCGGGAUCCGCGGGUGUUAAGAAGACCCCUCGUCAUGUUAGAGACAAAAAGUUUGGGUUUGGUGGGCAAGGAAGAAGAUCUAAACAAAAUACCAAGGAGUCAACAGACAACUUUGAUACGGGUGGCUCACGGAGAGGUGGUGGUAGAGGUGGUGGUAGAGGUGGUGGUAGAGGUGGUGGUAGAGGUGGAAGGGGCGAUAGAGGUGGCGGGACGAAACGACUUGGAAAGUCAAGGAGAAUGGCAGCGCGUAGCAAAUAGCACUGGGUUCAACAUAAUCUCCAAAUUUGCGUAAAUUUCAACAUGCUAUUUCGCACCCAGUGCAACUUGGGAGAUCUAUGUCAUUUCUUGAACCUUGGGUGCCGAAGACUAACAGACCCUGAGAUAGGAAUCAGCGCGAACGAAUGCCGUCCCUUUACCCUGAUAAGUCGGCUGCAUGAGUAGUUGAGCCUAUUCUUAACGAAAAUCACAAUUUGAGGGAUAUUUCCGU